AAUAAACAAAAGUAUUACCUGGGCUAUUUGAUUGAAAUACAUGUACAUUAAAAGACUACCUUUUCUGAAUUGCCUACUGGAUGUUUUGCGAGAAUGCCGAUCAGAGGAAAUACGUCACAGGUAUGGCAUACGGAGCUGUCACGAGGGCGCUGUCUUUGGAUGCGUCGCGGUGUUCUCUAUUUGCGUCUCUUCCGGGAUGUGACAGGACGAGACGCCGGGCAAGAAACCGGAACUAUACCAGUAUCUGAUUGACUGGAAGCCUGGUCAAUGUGAUGGGGCCAGACAUUGCUCCGGGUCCUGAUGUUCCCUGGCGGAAGGUUCUGUGGGAACGCCAGCCGUUCCCUGAUAACUAUGUGGAUGAACGCUUCCUGGAGGAGCUCCGAAGGAAUGAGGGAAUCCGGCAGUACCGCUACUGGGCUGUGGUGAAGGAAGCCGUUCUGGUCGGCCAGCAGUUGUCCUGUGUGGCCAUUUUCAUCACUUUCUGGCUCUACAUGGAACAGGGUCUGCUCUCCCCAGAAGUUCUUCUGUGGACCAGUCUGAUAGUUGGCGUACUGGGCUAUGGAUUACACAACGCACUGAGGCCGCAGCUGGGCACAGACCGCGAGCCCCGCACGCACCUGGCAGACCUGCAGAGUGCCGCCAUUUUCCUUUCUUUCACCUUUGGCUUUUCGCCAGUUCUGAAGACGCUGACGGAGUCUGUGAGCACUGACACGGUGUACGCCAUGUCUGCAUUGAUGCUUCUGGCCCACCUGGUGUCGUUCCCGUACGCCCACCCCUCACCCACUGGCAGCCUAUCCCUUAAUGCGGCGCUGUUUGCCUCUGUGUGUUUGGCGUCGCGGCUCCCAGGGGCCCUGCACACCUUUGCCAUGCUCAGCUGUGCCCUGUUGAUGUUUGCCCUGUGGCCCUGCCUGUUGCAGAGCAUCAGGGACCAUGCCAUCGGGCCGUCCGCAUGGCUGUGCGUCGCGGUGUGUCUUGGAGGGGUGGGGGGCCUGGGGUCCAGGUGGCUGGGGGGGGCUGUACUCCUGGCCCUUGCCCUUGUGAGUGUCAUCCUGCUCUGUCCUUUACUGCUGGUCAAGCUGCAGAGACACAAAGACAACAUCCAGGGACCGUGGGAUGAGGCUGAGAUCCAUGAGGACCUCUGUAAAGUCCCAUACUGAGGUGAAUAGGGUGAGCGCCCAACAUGAUGAUAAGGCAGUCAUAUGCAGAGGGACCGGCAGCCUAUGUUGCUCUCCUGUCAACACCAAAGAUAAUGGGUAAAACUUGAGGGAAUGCUGCUACAGUUUUAAAUUGUUUGUGUGCGAUUGAUGUGCUUUUCUGCCUAAAAUUACAAAAGCUACUUCUUUAUACUGUGAUAAAUCUCAUGGUUGUUUUAUUUAUACUUUUUUCUAUUUUAUCGUAGCCCCUACUAUUUAAUAAGUGGGAAAAAAGGGGCUUGAAUUCCACUGAAAAUAUGGUUAAUGUUUAACUGUUUUUGCAAGUAUUUCCAAAUAAAAAUGUAUUGCGCAUAGAUUAACAUGACAUUUGUGACUGCUGUCUGUGAUCCAGUUGCACAGUGUAGUAGCGGAAAAAGCCACUAGAUGUCCUAACUUAACCACUAGAUGUCCUAACUUAACAGGUUAAGACUUUUCGUUUUCCUGUGGUAUGAAUAAUUUUGUUAUUCUAAAUUAAUUACAUAUUGCUUCUCCAAGCAAUGUGAGCUGGAACAAUAUAUAUCAAUACCUCUGUGUGACUACAUUCCUAGGUGAUAGACACGAUGUAUAUGUUUUCUACAGUUUCUGGUGCACCAAGUUUCUCUGGAAUUCAAAGAGUGAAGACUACAGGGACUGCCAUACAUGUUUACCAUGUCUUUCCCAACCGAUUCUGACUUAGAAAUGAUGCAUAUUAAUAAAACGUAUCUACUUAAGUAUUUUGCUGAAUGGUUGCUCUUAAAAUAAAGUAUAUGUUUUCCCCUGGUAAAUGUA